AUGCUCAUUUUCUUCCCAACCCUGACACUUAAGGCGGACCUAAAGCACUUGUGUGAAUCUGCCUCAGGCAGUCAGCUGAACCAACUCGCCAAUGGACACACCUCUGCCGACGGAGAUAUUGAGCUGUUGUCGUUGGGUCAGACCUUUUUGGGUGCUCAUCGUCCGGAGAAGUUAGAUGAGUUGCUCUGUGGGACUGAGUACGCGACAUUUGCGGCCCUCGAAGAGCAGCAGGAUACAAAGGUCUGCGAAGUCUCUAUGCCUGGUACUACGCACACACAGCCCCGUUACACAAUUGCCGGAGCCAAUAGCAACGGCUCUGGGGGCACAAUGGGCACCAUAAUCAGCAUUCCCACCUCAGUAUGUCCAACCGCCUCGGCUGUGCCCUCUCUACCACGUGAUGGUCUCUUCCUUGUCAGUGCUGAAAACGCGCUCACAAAUACGACUGACAGAAUGGGCAGUACGUACUUUUGUCUAUUUCUUUGA